GGAUGUCCGGUUGACUAGCGGAAGUUGUUUACACACAUGCCCUGGCCUCGGGUGGUUUGAGCUCGGUCAGUUGUCAUGUCGCAUCCCUCUCCGAAAGUCAAGCCGUCUUCGGCGGCGAACCCGCGGGUCUACCUGGACGUCAGCAUCGCGGGGGAGACAGCUGGACGGAUAAUUCUGGAACUGUUUGCUGAUGUCUGUCCUAAAACAGCUGAGAAUUUUCGUGCUUUAUGCACUGGGGAGAAGGGAAUUGGGCCAACCACUGGUAAACCUCUGCAUUUCAAAGGCUGUCCUUUCCACAGGAUAAUAAGGAAGUUUAUGAUACAAGGAGGAGACUUUUCUAAUCAGAAUGGAACUGGAGGAGAAAGUAUCUAUGGAGAGAAAUUUGAAGAUGAAAGUUUCCAUUACAAGCAUGAUCAGGCAGGAUUGCUGAGCAUGGCCAACGCAGGACCAAACACCAAUGGUUCACAAUUCUUCAUCACAACUGUGCCAACACCUCAUCUAGAUAACAAACAUGUGAUUUUUGGUCAGGUGCUAAAAGGAAUGGGAGUAGUAAAGAUGCUGGAAAAUGUUGAAGUGAAAGAUGAGAAGCCUAUAAAGCAAUGUUCUAUAACAAACUGUGGUGAGGUUAAAGAAGGCGAUGAUUUGGGUCUAGCUCCUGCUGAUGGAUCAGGAGAUGCAUACCCAGACUUCCCAGAAGAUAUUGAUGGUGGUAUGAAUGAUAUUGAUAAGAUCAUACAGAUUGCAGAAGACUUAAAGACCCUAGGGAAUAACUUCUUUAAAUCCCAAAACUGGACAAUGGCAGACAAGAAGUACACCAAGGCUUUAAGAUAUGCAGCCACUUUAAGAGAUGAAAUUGAUGAUGAAGAAUCAACAGAGAAGCUGGAAUCAAUUAAAAAUCUGGAAUCUAUUUUAUUAAGUUGUAAUCUGAACAUUGCCGCAUGCAAGUUGAAACUUUCUGACUGGGAUGCUGCUAUUGAAAGCUGUGAUGAGGCUCUUGAAAUUAAUCAGUCAAACACAAAGGCACUUUACAGAAGAGCUCAGGCUUGGCAAGCCAAGAAGGAUUAUGAUCAGGCACUGGAUGAUCUGAAGAAAGCUCAGGACAUUACACCUGAAGACAAAGCUAUAAGCAAUGAAAUACUCCGAGUGAAGCAAAAGAAAAAAGAAAUAAAAGAGAAAGAAAAGGCAACUUAUGCAAAAAUGUUUGCUUGAUAAAAUACUUUUGUUUUGUAGUUCUAAAUAGUUCAUUAGGCUUCUGUUUUGUCUUAAACUUCUGAGGACAGUGUUGGAUUGUUUUUUGGAUGUGUAGUCUGUUUUACAGACAAAUGCACGCUAACUAACAAAGAUUAGGGACUAACAUUGUAGACAAAAGCUGAGAUUCAGCUGUGCUGCUUACACCUUGUUUUCAAACAUCUGUUUCAGUGGAACUGUUAAAGAUACUGGUUAUUAAAAUAAAUAUCAAGAACAAAGGUCUGUUUUUCCCUGCAAGGUAUUGAUAUUUCUAUUU